AUGUCUGCUACCUUUGAAUCUGCAGUCCAAGUACAAAAUUGUACUAAGGAAAAUGCCUUCCCUCCUACACCUGUAUGUGUCAGGCCUCCCUUCAUGUUCCUUGUAUCCAAUGCUACUACUAAUGGUAGCCACCUUACUUGUCCAGAAAGUUCUUGUUUUCUUACAGAAUGUUGGAAUGCAACCGAUUUCUCCAUAGCUGUCAUGAUGCGCAUCCCUACCUACCUUCCUAUGCCAGUACAAAUCCAAGAGGAUGAGCUGUCUGUUCUACUCAGAUCCAAGAGAGACUUUGGCAUCACCGCUGCUAUAGUAACUGCAAUCGCUGUCUCUGCUGCUGCUGCCGCCACAGCUGCUGCUGCCUUGGCCACCGUAAUUCCUGUGGCAGAAGCAGUCAAUAGUUUGUCAGAACACACCACCUCUGCCUUGACUGUUCAAUCAGAGAUCAAUCAACAGCUGCGAGCUGGAAUUCUGUUGGUCAACCAGAGAGUGGACUUAAUACAAGAACAAUUAGACAUCAUUACUCAUUUGAUACUGAAAAUGAUAAAUGUGAUUUCAUUGAUCACCCUUGAAAAAGUUCAUGAAAAACUGAAUUCUGAUUCUACACCUCACUUUGACAGUGUGGGUGCCCUGCAGCAGACCAAGUGUGAUGAGGUUCAGACAUGGUCAGAGGAAGCCGUGAUUCGUAGUGUGCACCAGUUUCUAUCAUGUGAACACCAGAGCCACAAGAAUGUGGAGCUGAAAAGAAAUGAGUUUAAAUUCUCAGAAAUGAAUAAGCAAGGCAGGGAAGAGAUUGAUGAAACUCAUGACUCUGAAUGUUUUCUCAUUUCAUUCCGCCUUACCCAAAUUUGUCUACUUUCUUCUCUGAAUGAACUUUCCCAUUGUAUCCACAGAACCCAAGAAAACCAGACUGCUGGAGUGACAUUCAUCCUCCUGGGAUUCUCAGAAUACCCAGAACUCCAGGUGCCCCUGUUCCUGCUCUUCCUGACCAUCUACACAGUCACUGUGCUGGGCAAGGGCAUGCUCCUGGUCAUCAGGGUCAACCCCAAUCUCCACACUCCCAUGUACUUUUUCCUCAGUCACUUGUCCUUCAUUGAUUUCUGCUACUCUACCGUGGUGACUCCCAAACUCUUAGAAAACUUGGUGGUGGAAGACAGAACCAUCUCCUUCCCAGGCCGCAUUCUGCAGUUCUUCUUUGCAUGCAUAUUUGUAGUGACAGAGAUGUUCAUGUUGGAAGUGAUGGCCUAUGACCGAUUGGUGGCCGUGUGCCAUCCUCUCCUCUACACAGUUGCAAUGUCCCAGAAGCUGUGUUACUUGUUAGUUGGAGCAUCAUACUCUUGGGGGUUAGUCUGUUCCUUGACACUUACUUACGUUUUACUGAAAUAAUCAUUCCAAGGAAAUAAUAUCAUAAAUAUUUGUGAGCAUGCUGCCAUUGUUGCUGUAUCCUAUUCAGAUCCCUAUAUUAACCAGAAGAUCAUUUUAGUGUCUUCUACAUUGAAUGAAAUAAGCAGCCUGGUGAUCAUUCUUGCUUCCUAUGUUUUCAUUUUUAUCACAAUAAUGAAGAUGCCUUCAGGUGGAGGUCAUCACAAAGCCUUCUCCACAUGUGCCUCCCAUCUGACCACCAUUACCAUCUUCCAUGGGACCAUCCUUUUUCUCUAUUGUGUUCCAGUCACCAAAAGUUCCUGGCUCAUCGUUAAGGUGGCCUCUGUCUUCUAUACAGUGGUCAUCCCCAUGUUGAACCCCCUGAUCUACAGCCUCAGAAGCAAAGAUGUGAAGGAGACGGGAAAUUAA